AUAAAUUACGCUUGCCAAGCGUGGCCUAUUAUAUUGGAAAGAACACGAGUCUGGUUUACAAUGGCAUGGACUUUCUAUGCAUAGUUGGUCUGAUCAGGGAGUUGUUAUUUAGAACAACUCCCUGAUCUGAUAUUAGCCAAUCACCAACAGCCUUUCUGUUAACACUGAAAUGACUGGAUGUGAUGCUGAGGAAAAACUUUUUUUUUUCUGGAGCCAGCGAAAAAACCUUAACAGACGUUCAAUUACUGUUAUGGGAAGCGCCAGAGAUUAAAUUUUCUUUCAACCGGAACUCCAACUCAAACCUAUAUCGCGCCUUUACUGUCAAGAGUAAAACACCCAGAGAUGAGAGACCAGAGUGAGUACUCAUAAAUAGUUUUAGUCCGUUAUUUAUGUGACUAAGCUAAGACCGUUUCAAUUGGAUAAAUAGUCACUGCGUCAUUAUAUAUGAAUAAGGCUAUAUACCCGGGAUUUUAGAGGACCAAUAAGACAAAAACUGGUUUUCCAUCUCCUUUCAUGUAGUGGACACUAAAUAUAUCUGAGGGCAUUUUGUAUACCACCACUGGUGAUCUGCUUUAACAGUUUUAACUGAUUCCAGUCGAACAAUACACGAAUCAUUUGAAUGAAAGAAACGUCAACAUCCGUUGUGAAGAAACAUCGUUUCUUUUUAAUUUUCUGUCGAACCACAAUUUUACUCACAGUGGAAUUUUCAAAAAGGAAGUGACAAAAUGAUGGCUUCCAACAAGCCAGUGCUUUUGUUUGUGAUUAUUUUUUCACUUGGAUUUUUUGAUAUACAACAAAGUACCUUGAAGGCAUAUGCUGAACCACCAAAUACAAUCGCUCACUACAACUCACCAGAAACCGUCAAAUUCUGUAGACAGCACUCAUGGCUCAACGAACGGCAGCGACGGCUUUGUCUUCUGCACCCAGACCUGAUACCAAGUGUGUUAGAAGGUGCUAUAUCAGCCAUAAUGGAAUGUAAGAGACAAUUUAAGAUGGAGCGGUGGAAUUGUCCAGCUAAUAAUAUUACAGCAGUUUUUGGAUCAACCAAAUUAUCCAUGAAAAACAAGGAGAUAGGCUACUUACAAGCAAUCACUUCCGCUGGGAUAAUGUAUGACAUCACAAAAGCCUGCGGUAGUGGAGAACUCAUGGAGUGCAGCUGUGACAACAGAAAACGCCAAGCAGGGAGCAACUUUACAUGGGGUGGGUGCUCAGAUAAUAUUAGGUAUGGGGAAUAUUUUGCAAAAGAUUUCAUCGAUGCAUCUGAGGAAGGACAGACAGCGUCCAGUCUAAUGACACUGCACAAUUAUGAGGCUGGUAGACAGGCCAUUAAAAAGAAUAUGGGAUUGAGAUGCAAAUGCCAUGGUGUGUCUGCAACAUGUACAUCAAGGAUUUGCUGGAAUUCAAUGCCAAAGUUACCAAAUAUUGGCAGUAUUUUAAAAGAACAAUAUGCCAAAGCACCCCAUGUCAAAUAUUCCAGUAAAAGGAGAAAAUUAAGGCCAAUUAAAAAGGGCUACAAGAAACCGACAACAGAAGAUAUCGUGUACUUAAAGGAGUCACCAAGUUAUUGUGAAGAAAACAAACGGCACGGCUCAAGUGGCACACAUGGACGUUAUUGUAAUCAAACUAGUUUAGGUAUUGAUGGUUGUAAGCUUCUUUGUUGUGACCGUGGGUAUCAAACUAUGGUACAGAAAGUACAAGAAAGUUGUCAUUGCCGUUUUCUGUGGUGUUGUAAAGUAGAGUGUGAGACAUGUGAAAGAGAACAAGAACUACAUAUCUGUAAUUAGACUUCCAUUCAUCCAAUAGAUAUGAGAAAUAACUAUUACAUCAAUUACUUCAUAAAUUUUACAGUAAUGUAUUAAUUUAAAGUUACCAGGUACUUAAAAACAUGAAAACAAAACAUUAACAGUAAAUAUGUAUUUCUGUGUGUUUAUGUUCUAUAUUUUUAAAUUAUUUUCUGAAAUUAAAAGACUGGAGGUGAAUAGUAUGAUGGAUGAUAUCAGUAUGAAGUGAUUAUUUAUAGCUACCUCUCAGAUAUAUAACAUCAUGCCUUUAUAAAAACCAUCAUGUGAUUAGUAAAAAGAUUAAUCAAAGACGUUUUAAAUAAAUUAUUAUUUUAAUAACAAAUUCACUUUAGAUUUGUGGCACUCGAGAAUAUUCAGUAUAUUUUAAACCAAAAGUGCACAAAGCAAUAAUAAACGUCAAAUCAAAAUAUCUAAUCAGAUCAAUCAGGUAGUAUUUGAGCCCUAUGAUUGGUGGGAAAGAAUUUGAUUUGAUCUAUUUUAUUAUAAAAUUCUUACAAAUUGCUUUUUAGGAAUUCUGUCUUAAAAUUAUUUACAAAAGUUUUACCAAUAGAGGGCAGUGUUAAAUAUAAAAUGCAUAGAGUUCUUAUAGGAACUCUAUAAAUGCAUCAAGUGGUUUUGAUUCAAGAUAUGGAAUACCAAGGGAAUAAUUUUUAUCAAUUAAGUUCACUAUCAAUAUGGAAAUGAUUGAAAAUAUGAAACCUUUGUAAGAGAAUAACUACAGCAGUUUAUGUAUAAUAGAAACUUACAAAUAUUUGCAAGAAUAUUUAAAAUGGUAUGAUGUGAUUUUGUAAAAUAUGUAUAUGGUUUUUUUUCUGUGUUCUUAUAUGGUUUUUUUUCUGUGUUCUUAAAAUACAAUAGAACCCCUCUUUUGGGGAACAUAACAUAGGCCCUUCAGUGGACACCCCUAUAAGGGGAUAUUAUUUCAUGAAACGAGGGUAAAUAUAGGGCAUAUCUUUUACACUACGGCCAAUCCAUUAAGGGACAGGGACACUUUCUGAGUGUGCCAUAUGGUCAAAUUAAUACAUAUUUAACCCCUAUUAAGGGGACACUUUUUUUAUUGUACAGGUAUCAAAACAAAUGGGAAAAAAAUCAUUCAAAAUAAUUUUUUAACACCUUUUGAGCAAUAAACUUGACAUGAAAUCUGAGUUUUUUCCUCUCAAUAUUUAGAAUGGGACUAGUGCAUAUUGUUACUCUACUUCAUAUAAAUACAAUCUUGUCAAUUUUAUCAUCCAUUAACCAUGGGCAUUUCAUGGUUAGCGUGUUUCUCCAGGCCUGUAUGCAGGGGGGGGGGGAGCGAAAAGCCCCCAAAUUACCAAAGGUCCACGUUUUCUAGGGUAGAAAAUUUAAAAAUAACCCCCCACCCACUAAAAAAAAGAAAUUUAUAUUUAAAUUUAAGUCUGCAUGUGCCAUCUUCAGUGCCAUAAUCAUAAAUUUUAGACCCUCAAUUUGUGAAAGUUCUUUCCUUUCCCCCUCUAUUUCAUUUGCCACUGACACUGGCGGAUUCAAGGAAGCCCAGUCCUCCAGUCCCCCCUCAAUUUUUCAAAAAAAAAAAAAAAAAUCAUAUUCAAAUUGUAUGAGAGUGAAAUUUCCAGCCAUUUGGAGGUGCCAUAAUAAUCAAUUUUCCUCCAUCAGUCCCAACCAUGGUGGGGCUGAGGUGGUAUUUCCUCCAUCUGUGAAAGUCUCUCUCUGGACCCUCUUCAAAUUCCUAGAUCCACCACUGAAAACCAUACACGCAUCUUUGAUUAAAUAAGACCUCCACCACCUCAAUCCCAGCCAUUUUGGUCCACUCUCUAUAAAUUCGCACCCACCCAAUAAAAAAACCUGCCUACAGGCCUGGUUUUUAUAUAGGAUUCUAAUAUUUGGCCAUUAACAUUGCACUUGAAUAAUGAAACAAUAUUGGAAACAUAUACAAAUUUUGUUGUUUUAAUUAUAUUUCUGUUGAUUUCAUAUCAUAAAUUAAUUGGUUUUCAAUUUAAAAUUAUUGUUAUAAAUUAGUUAAUUCAACUGUACUCAUUCUUAUGCCAAUUAAAUAAAAUUAUAAAGAAUCUAUGUCAUUAUUGUAUGCAAACAUGCCAAAAACUCCUAUUAAGGGGACAAUAUCAUGUUUUUGUGUAGUGUACCCAAAAUGAGGUACCCCUAUGCAGGGGACACCCCUAUUAAGGGGACACGUUUUUUGGUACCUAGGGGUUCUACUGUAGUCUGCUAUUGGUAGGCCAUUCAUAUUAAAUUUAAAAGGAAAAUAAUAAUUAUUAUUUUAGUAUAUUAAUGAUAAGGUGAACUGUUUAUUUGCCCUUUGUGUUUAUAAUUCAGGUUUGUAUAAAAAUAAUAUGUAUAAAAUUUACAGAGUUAUGAGAUUUUAUACAGUUAUUUCAAUAUUUAUUUUGUAUUAAUAGUGUCGCUGGUUUAAUGAAGCUAUUGGAAUGGAACAACUUACUAGAGAUAUGGUUUUUUUUUUUAUAUAUUAAUGGUAUUUUUUUGCAAAUGAUAUUGUUUAACAGUUGUUGUUCACUUUCAUUUCUGAAAUAGUUUAAAGUUAAACCAAGAGCCUGUGUAGUUUGUUAAUAUAAUUGUGAAAUUAUGAUUUUCAAAAUAAUUAGUAGAAGAGUAUACAUUUUAAACAUAAAUAAUGAUUUCAAUCACAUCAAUUUUGUGAACUGGUAAAUCUGAAAUUCAGUUUUGUUGCAUCUACUAAAUGAAGAAUGACCUCAAAUGAGGUUUAUAAGAUAUAGAAUAGAAUUGCAGAGUGUGAGAGGGAGCAGUGGCGGUGCCAGCGGGGGCAGGGGGCUUAGCCCCCUCCAUCGGCCAAAGCUCGUCGGGCAGUCGAACCAAAAGAAAACAAAAAAUAGGCCUAGUUUUCCCAUCCCAGCCAUUUCCGGCCAUCUAGAAGUUCCAAUUUUUUUUUAAAUCUUGUUUUGGGAGGGGGGACAUCCCCCUCCCAUAUCCACCCCCAGCUCAGGCCUUCUGCCCUCAGAUAAUGCUGCGCACUAUAGUUACACCCAU